AUGGCAUCGUCCCUCAGGUCCAUCUUCUCCUCCGGCAAGUACGCCGUCGCGAAGUCCCGGUCGCCCCCGGCACCGCCCCUCUCCUUCCGCACGGCCAUGAAAGCUUUGGAAUCAGAAAGAGACCCUGAGAAGAUGGAUGAACUGUUGAAUCAAUGCUCGAAAUCCUUCAAAGGCCGCCGCUCCCACUUGUCCUCCAUGGCCAAACUCGCCAGGGCCCACCGCUCCGACCUCGUCGACCGUCUUAUCGACGGCCAAUCUUCUCAUGACCCGGAAGGCCUCUGGAUCCGCCUCAUGAAGUGCGAUGCCAGGUCCACCCGAGGUCUACGGAUGUUCGAUCUCGCCUGCGACGCUAAAUCCGUCCGCCUGACGGAGAAGUCCCUCUGCACGUUCCUGGCCCUCCAUAUGAGGAAGGAAGCGCCCGUCAAAAUUGAAACCUCGAGCAUCAGCAAGCUCCUCAAGACGAUGUCGGAGAGGACCGGUGUCAGGCCCACUAUAAUUUCCCUUAACCAGGUCCUGACCGCAUUUGUCGAUCGAAACGAUAUUGGUUCGGCUCUCGAAUGGAUCGAGGAGAUGGAGAACAAUUGGAACGUGACCCCGACGACCGGCACAUAUAACAUCCUCCUCGGUGCCCACCUGAAAAGCCGAAACUUGAGCGGUUUUGAUGCCAUCCUCGAGGCGAUUGCCGAGAAUGGCUUGGAAUUUAACGUGGUUACUCGCAACUACCAGAUCAUGAGGCUAUGCGAAAGCAACGAAUGCGUUAGAGCAAAGAGGUUGCUCCAUGACAUGGUCUCGAUAGGAUAUAGCCCGAGUCUUGCUAGUUAUAUUGCUCUAAUUGAUGGGUUUGGUAGGCUUCGGGAUAUAGAAUCCGCCAGGGAGGUUUUUAAUCUUAUAUCGCCGCCUAGCCGGGAUGCUUACUGCAGUCUGUUCCGGGCCGAGGUGGAGGCAGGAGACUUUGAUUCGGCUAUGGAGACAUGUAAGGAGAUGGUCAAGAGGAAGAGGAAGAGGAUGUGGGUGCCCCCAGUUGAUGCAAUGCAGGGUCUUCUUGAUGGGCUGGCGGAAGAGGGUCCAUCGACGAGGUUGCCGGAGGCGAUGGAGGUCGUGGAGAAGAUGAAGACGAGGCUCAAGGGCAGGGCCUUGGAGUCUUGGAGAGAAAUUGAUAUUGCCAUGCCCCUUAAAUUAAAGACAGCCAAGCCUUUGUUUUUUAUCUUCCUAAAUCAUAAAAAUCGUUCUGACUGUACAAAAUUGCAGGGAAACCAGUAG